GUCGCUGGCAGAUGGGCCCCGGGGUGCCGCCCGCCCCCUCCACCCUCAUAAAAGCCCCUUCGGGCCAGGCCCGGGGCAGUCCCGAGGCCAUCGCGGCACCAUGGCGCACGGCUGGGUGCGCGCGGCCCUUCUGGUUCUCCUGGUAGCAGCUGUGUGUGCGGCGCAGCCCCGCGGCCGGAUCCUCGGGGGCAGGGAGGCCGAGUCGCACGCGUGGCCCUACAUGGCAUCGGUGCAGGUGGACGGCCAGCACGUGUGCGGCGGCUUCCUGGUGGCGGCGCAGUGGGUGCUGAGCGCCGCGCACUGCUUGGAGGACGCCGCCGGCGGGAAGGUGCAGGUGCUCCUGGGCGCGCACUCGCUGUCGCAGCCCGAGCCCUCCAAGCGCCUGUACGACGUGAGCCGCGCCGUGCCGCACCCGGACAGCCGGCCCGACACCAUCGACCACGACCUGCUCCUGCUGCAGCUCUCCGAGGAGGCCGCGUUGGGCCCCGCCGUGCGCACCCUGCCCUGGCAUCGGCACGAC